UCAAAUGAUUGUAAAAACCUCACCCAUCUCCCCGUGUGAUUUGAACCUUCAGUCGAUCAUAAGUACUCAGUGGCAUGUUCACCCCAGUUUGAAUUUUUCCAUCGGCUCGAGUGCACGAUUAAGUACCUGACGUGAUAAUCCUCUAGAGGAAUAGAUAAUUGAAAAUGGACUCGAAAGACUCGAAAAAACUCGCACGAUGGUACUUCGGCGGUGUUGCUUCGUCCGGAGCUGCCUGUGUUACUCAUCCAUUAGAUUUAUUGAAGGUUCAACUGCAAACACAACAAGAAGGCAAAGUGUCGAUCGUCAAACACACAUUGAAAAUUAUCAAGAAACAAGGAUUUUUAGCACUUUACAAUGGCCUCAGUGCUUCCCUACUACGUCAGGGUACUUACUCGACAACAAGAUUUGCAGUUUACGAGGUGGUGAAGCAGGGAAUUGAGAAGCCGGGAGAAGUUUUGCCAUUUUAUAAAAAAUUAUUGAUCGCCGGAUCGGCCGGUGCCGUUGGAGGAAUUUUAGGGACUCCUGGAGAUCUUAUCAAUGUGAGAAUGCAGAAUGAUAUCAAGUUGCCACCUGAACAAAGGAGAAAUUAUAAACAUGCGUUGGACGGACUGAUAAGAGUAAGUAAAGAAGAAGGUGUGUCUAAACUAUUCAAUGGCUGUUCGACAGCCACAGGGCGAGCGAUUCUAAUGACAAUAGGACAAUUGAGCUUCUAUGACCAAAUUAAGCAGUACCUCCUGCAAUCAGGAAAGUUCGAGGAUAAUCUGGGAACGCAUUUCGUCGCCAGUCUCACGGCCGGAGCUAUUGCUACAACCCUCACGCAACCUCUGGACGUUCUCAAAACACGCGCUAUGAACGCUAAACCUGGUGAAUUCAAAAAUAUCGGACAUUUAAUUUUGUAUACUGCAAAACUCGGACCCUUGGGCUUUUUCAAGGGUUACAUACCAGCAUUCGUUCGACUGGCUCCGCACACUAUUCUCACAUUCGUAUUCCUGGAGCAACUCCGAAUUUCCUUCGGAUACAACCCAAGCAGCAAAAUAAACUGAACAAAAAGUGUCGACUAUCCCCACCUCAAUGAUCGUGUAAAUAAUUGCUUCCAGUACCCUUGAUCGUUUGUAAGAAUAACGAAUCAUUCCGUCAAUGCAGUUUUUAAGGUACCCAUUCGUGACAAACGUACGCGCAACAAAUAUUUCACAGAAAAACCAAGGGACCUUGUUACACAAUUUUAUUGAAUUCUGUAGGAAUCGGUCACUUGAUUUUUUUUUUUUAUGACUUGAAAAACCAAAGUAAACAUUUCAUAAAAAUGAAUUUCUUUAAAAAAUUUCUCAAUAGAGAUAUAUUUGUACAUGCAUAAUUAUGCUCAAUUUUUUCUCUAAAAUAAUUUCUGUUACAAAUUUGUUUUGCAAACCUAUAGAAUUUUCAACCGAAAUCGCUGAGGUUGUUUGUCUUCGAAAAUAGCAAUAAUUCCAUACAAAUACUCGUGAUUCCAGAGAAAUAUUUUUUUUCGAACAAAAUAAUAUCAACAAACAUAUGACUUGUAAACAUUCCACGAGACUAUAUUUUGUUACGUAUAUGCUGGCAUAUAUUGCGGUUGAUAUACAUAUACAAUGAAAUUCCUGAUGUUUAACGAGACGCACAAAGCGAGGUAUUAUUUUUUAUGACGAUAAGAGAAGAUUUAGCUGAUUCACAAUGUUUAAUGUUCUUUAAUAUGUGAAAGAGCAAUGUCAUCAGUGGAAAAUUAAUAAUGAAUUUCCUAUGUGUAGUGGAGGUGUUGAACAAAUAAAAAUAUAUUUAUUCUGACAAAAAAA